AUGAAGAAGUUUCUUGAUAAGCAAGAUAUAGAUUAUCAUAUAUUUAUUUUGAAUCAGAUUGAUAGGUAUAGAUUCAAUCGAGCAUCACUUAUUAAUGUUGGUUUCUUGGAAGUUAAAAAAGAUUUUGACUACAUAGCCAUGCAUGAUGUAGACCUACUGCCAAUGAAUGAUGAGCUGCGAUAUUUUUAUCCUGAAAAAGGGCCAUUGCACAUCUCAUCUCCAGAGUUGCAUCCCAGAUACCACUAUCCAACAUUUAUAGGUGGAAUUUUGCUGGUCAAACGAGAACACUUUUUGCAAGUUAAUGGUAUGUCUAAUAAGUACUGGGGUUGGGGCUUGGAGGAUGAUGAAUUUUAUGUAAGACUGAAAGAAGCUGGACUUAAUGUUACACGGCCACCAAAUCUCUUGACUGGGACACAAAGUACUUUUAAGCAUAUCCAUGAUAGAAAUCAUCGCAAAAGAGAUAUGGUAAAAUGUUUUAAUCAGAGGGAAGUAACCAGAAAACGUGAUCGACAAACUGGUCUAAACAACGUGUCUUAUAAACUAGAAAAUGCCAUUAAUGCAACAAUAGCAAAUACAUCUAUAACAAUUCUAAAUAUUUCGCUGAUGUGUGAUGAAUCCAUCACUCCGUGGUGUAUAUGUGACUCAGUCAGUAUUGCCAAGGAUAAAAAACUUAAAGAUAAGAAAAAAAUUCAAUAA